CCGCGCGCCCGGGCGUCAGUCGGGCCGCGGCGACGGCGGCAGGAGCGGGUCGCGGCGCCGCCUCGGGCUCCGCUCGGCUCGGGGUUGCUCCGGGAGGAGGAGAGCGAGGCGAGGCGCGGCGCCGCGAGCCGCCGGCUCCGCGGGCCGGGCGCAUGGCUUAGGGACGCCCCCGCCCGCCGCAUCCCCAGCAUGGGGAAACUUCACUCCAAGCCGGCCGCCGUGUGCAAGCGCAGGGAGAGUCCGGAAGGUGACAGCUUCGCGGUGAGCGCCGCCUGGGCUCGGAAAGGCAUCGAGGAGUGGAUCGGGAGGCAGCGCUGCCCCGGCGGUAGCUCUGGACCCCGACAGCUGCAGGCGGCUGGCACGGUUGGCAGAGGAACCCGGGAGCUCGUGGGUGAUGUUUUCAGAGAAACGCUCAGUGAGGAGGAGGAGGAAGACUUUCGGCUAGAAGUGGCCCUGCCUCCUGAGAAGACAGACGGGCUGGCCAGCGGAGACGAGAAGAGGAGGGAGAAGGUGAGCGAAUCUUGCCCGGGCUCCAAGAAGCAGCUGAAGUUUGAAGAGCUACAAUGUGACGUGUCCGUGGAAGAGGACAGCCGGCAAGAGUGGACCUUCACCCUCUACGACUUUGACAACAAUGGCAAGGUCACCCGUGAGGACAUCACCAGCCUACUGCACACGAUCUACGAGGUGGUUGACUCCUCCGUCAACCAUUCGCCGACAUCAAGCAAGACGCUGCGGGUGAAGCUCACGGUGGCCCCCGACGGAAGCCAGGCCAAGAAGGGCAUCCUUCUCAAUCACCCCGACCUGCAGAGCACGAGGCCCAGAGCAGAGACCAAGCCCGCCGAGGAGCUGCGCAGCUGGGAGAAGAAGCAGCGAGCCCCACUCAGGUUCCAGGGUGACAGCCGUCUGGAGCAGUCUGGCUGCUACCACCACUGCGUGGAUGAGAACAUCGAGAGGAGAAACCACUACUUAGAUCUUGCCGGGAUAGAGAACUACACGUCCCAGUUUGGGCCCGGCUCCCCAUCAGUGGCCCAGAAGUCAGAGCUGCCCCCCCGCACCUCCAACCCCACUCGGUCUCGCUCCCAUGAGCCAGAAGCCAUCCACGUCCCACACCGAAAGCCCCAAGGCACGGACCCGGGCUCCUUCCACUUCCUUGACACCCCAUUCGCCAAGGCCUCGGAGGUCCAGCAGCGGCUUCGGGGCGCCCAGGACGGGAGCAAGCACUUUGUGAGGUCCCCCAAGGCCCAGGGCAAGAGCGUGGGUGUGGGCCAUGUGGCCAGAGGGGCGCGAAGCAAACCCCCUCUGGGCCCCACCAUCCCUGCGGUGUCCCCAGCCGCCCACCUGGCCGCCAGCCCGUCCCUCCUCCCCACGCUGGCACCCCUUGGGCACAAGAAGCAUAAGCACCGAGCCAAGGAGAGCCAGCCGGCCUGCCGGGGUCUGCAGGCGCCCCUGGCUGUGGGCGGCAGUGUCUUGGGGCGGGACCGUGCGAGGGACCUGCCCGCCGUGGUGGUGUAUGAGAGCCCGGCCGGCCAGGCGGUCCAGAGACACGAACAUCACCACCACCAUGAACACCACCACCAUUACCACCACUUUUACCAGACAUAGACCCCCUCCCCGGAAGCCCCCACCCCGGCCAUAUGAAGGACCCCCCCCCUCCCCAGACUCUCCCCAAGGCAUUAUUAUUCUAUUAAUUAUUGUUAUUAUGAUGAUUAUUGUUAUUAAUAAUUAUUGUUACUCCACUAAUAUUCAGCUAGCCUCCAUGUAGAAGAUAUAUGGAAACACAGAACUAAACUUUUAUUUAUAUGUUGUGAGGACUGCAUAACUUAUCCAAGAAAAUGACUCUGGGUUUGCAAGUGGCCUGUAGGGGGUGGAGGCUCUCUGGGGCUCCCGAGCGGCGCUUCCAUGCAGGGCUGGCCCGUACUCUUCCCGGCUCUGGGGGAGCCCUUGGCCAGAACUGUGCCCUACCCCAGUCUCUUCCAGGAGAACACCCUUACCUGGCGCGCUUCCAGAGACCCUCAAAAUCUCCGAGAAGAUAAACAGCUGCUACCUCUUAGUAUUAUUCUGAUUUUCUUUGGCCCUUAACUGAUUGUAAUGUGCUACAAGGGAUUUCAGCGGACCGCAGACGCGUGACCUUCCUGGCUGUUGUGUUUUUAUGUCCCAACCUAGAAACCCUAGCUGUCCUUUCUGGAGUUCCCUUUCAUGCCUCUCCAGUGGGAUCACGUCCUCGUCCAAAACUAGUCCCAUCUUUUCUGCCGCGUACCACGGGGAAACAUGCUUCUCCUCCUCCCUUCCCUUGUUCUCUCUUUUUUAGAAAGAUACACACACACAUAUUUAAAGACUGCCCCUGCAACUAGCCUUCUCAUUUUGGAAACCUCUGGAGAGGGAACCCAACCACAAAAACAAGCGUGGUUUUCCCAGAUUGGGUGUUUGUGUGUUGUCGGUCAUGGCGGAAGAUGUGGAAACCUCGUGUUCUCUACCAUUGGCAAAUAUAUACAUACCUACCUACAUGCUUCUCUAACCGAGCCUCCUGUAUCUAUAGCUGGGCACUAUCUGUCCGUUUCCAUGUAUCUUUCUAUAAAUAUACACUCUCAGGUAAAUUUUCCGGUGUGCAGAAAUCAGUGGCUUGCUUCUCUAGACAUGUCCUGAGCCCAGAUGUCACCCUGUGUGCCUCUUGGUGGGGCCACUGUCCUUCAGAUGCAAAUGGUUGCUUGCCUCUCCUUGGCAGGUCCUUUUUCUGGGCUCAGGGUCUGACAGAUUUGGAGAGGCCUGCUGGAGUCCAGAAGCUGAGAAGGCAGUGGAGACAGUGGCAAGAGUUGGAGCCCCAGAGCAGUGUCCUCCACAGAGCAUGACUUGGUCUGAUGAGAGCCUGGGGAGACUAGGAAAAGGACCACUAUCAACUAGUUGGGGUCCCAUGGAAAACGACACACGCUCCAACUGGGAAAUCUGAGGGGAUAUUUACAAAGCAUAGGCAAAGCCUCCAGAAAGAGUGCAGAAUCCGGGGCCAGUGAUGUGUGGGGCCACUUCUGCCCCUGCAGGGGAGCAGCCAGGGUGGCAGUCAUCUUCAGGCAGAGCCAUGGGGUGGGGCGGAGCCACCCUAAGGAGCCAUGAGGGACCAUCGUUCCUCAGGGAUGCAGCCAGCAGCCUGCGGGGACCUUACAGGGAAAUCCAUCUCUUGGUGCCACUCCUUCCUGUCAAAGCCCCUGGGAGCCAGAGGGAGCCACAGGGCUAGGGUGCCGGUUGAGGGCCACAUGGAUGCUUUUUCCAGGCAGGGAGCGAGUGAAGGGACACAAGGAAUGACCAGCUGCUGGUCUCCUUGCUGGUUGGCUGCCAGCUGGCAUCUCUCCCAGAGCCUCCGAUUUGGGUUUGACCUGGCUGGAAAGGAGUUAUUUUUGGUAGUGAGCUCAGGAUGCUCAUCGGGCUCGAAGAGGUUAACUCAUUCGCUAGUGAUCACACAGCAGGUGGCAAAGCUGGGUUUCUAGUCUUCUCUAGCACCCCUUAACCACUGGAGGGCUUAACCACUGGGUCAGGGCUUCCCGUGUUUUGAUUUGUGGGCUUCUAUGUGGGCUUCUAACCGUAGCAUCCGGCCCAAACUGAUGGGAGGGAGGGAGCGAGCCGCCUCCAGAGGCCAGGAGCCGGGGUGGGAUGAAGCGGAGAGGGCUGGGCCCUGCCCCUCCCUCUCUGGGUUUAUACGUCUACCUCGAAGUGCUUUUUCACGCUGGGGGUGCUGCGGGCCCUCUGAGCCCCACAACCAGAUGGAAAAGGAUCUUCUGCGAGGGGUAGUCCAGGGCAGGAUUCUGGUACCCACUCCUGGGCCAAUCACUGGGGCCCACCUGAAGUCACGUGUCCCACCCAGGGCAAGGGGGCGGAGUCUGCGGGAAGGGAAGGAAGAGUGCGGGGCUAGAAUUGGUACAAGGUGGAAAGGAACCUGGGAUUGGGUACCUAUGAGGAGUCUUCCAGCGGUGGCUUUAGAGCGUUCCCUCAGCCUCUGAAAGGGGGUUCGACGCCAUCUCUCGCAGCCUCUCGCCCUCCAGGAUUCAGUUUUUCCUUAGGAACCUAAAUUACUUCCUUAGGGAUUAUUUAAAAUACCGGUUUUGAAAAAUCGUGACCUGUGCCUACGUUAAAGAUUCAAGUAGUACAGAAUGGAUGUGCGGUAGAAAGUACACUUCCUUCCAGAAUCCCUGACUCCAACCUUCCCGGGCCCCCCCUGGGCCAUUCAGUGAGGCUUGGGGGUUGUGAGCCCAGACGCUGGGGCCGGGCUGCCUGGCUUCAAAUUCUGACGUCCUCAGUGCUCUGUGCUUCAAGCGGUACACGGUACUCCUCAAGCCUCUCUUUCCCCUCUGUCGAGGGGUAUCGUAAGAGACCUACCCCACGGGGUUGUCGCGAAAAUUCACUGAGUUAACACAGGCCUGUCCGGGAGGAGCACCACGAAAAUGUUAGCUGCCGUUACUUACAAGAAUAAAUGCAUUUCUGUAAGACACCUCUAUGUUUAAAUUUUGUUAAUUCUUUGAAAAACCUUUAUUUGUUUCAGAGGAGCUUUGGGUUUCGGAGAAAAUCGAGGGAAAGAUACAGAUUUCCCACAUACUCUACCCUACGCAGGCACAGCCUCCCGCGUCAUCAACAUGUUUCACCAGAAUGGUACUUUUUUUUUUUUUUUUUAAACCAA